UGUGUGAUCCCAGUCGAUUGAUUCGCGAUUCAUUUUCAAAUGUGGACCCCGAGUCUAUAUGGGUGUCCUUAUGCUAUUUGCAUCUUUCCAUCCAACCGGUAUCUCACCAUCCAACCAUCUAUUUAUCCGUUCAUUCAUCCAUCCAUCACUCCAUCCAUUACUUCAUCUAUCCAGACAUCAUCCAUCUUUCCCUUAAUCCAUCACUCCAUCCAACCAUCCAUCCAUCGCUCCAUCCAUAAGUCCAACCAACCAUCUAUCCAUCUGUCCAUCACUCCAUCAGUCCCUCCAACCAGCCACACGCAUCAAUCGCCCCCCAACUACCUCACCCCACAUAGACGCCGUCGUUCCCCCCAACCCCCCGACAAGGCCCCCCUGACCCCUACGCGGCGUCGACGCUGAGCCAUGGGCGACUGGAGCUUCCUGGGCAACGUUCUCGAGAAGGUCAACGAGCACUCGACGGUGCUGGGCAAGGUGUGGCUCACGGUGCUCUUCAUCUUCCGCAUGCUCGUGCUGGGCACGGCCGCCGAGUACGUGUGGGGGGACGAGCAGUCGGACUUCGUGUGCAACACGCAGCAGCCCGGCUGCGAGAACGUCUGCUACGACGAGGCCUUCCCCAUCUCCCACGUGCGCCUCUGGGUGCUCCAGAUCGUCUUCGUGUCGACGCCGUCGCUCGUCUACGCGGCCCACGCCGUCCACCACCUGCGAGGUCGCGCCAAGAGGAAGGACGUCGACGACGAGAACGCGAUCAACGCCGAGGGCGGGAAGCCCAACGCGCUGCGCUCGCGGCGCUAACGGCGGCCGAUGUUCUGUUCUGGGCGGGUGAAGGUGCGCCUCGAGGGUAAGCUCCUGCACACCUACGUCGUGCACAUCUUCUUCAAGGCCACCUUCGAGGUGGGCUUCGUGCUGCUCCAGUACUACCUCUACGGCUUCUCCCUGCGCACGCUCUACCGCUGCAGCCGCUGGCCCUGCCCCAACGUGGUCGACUGCUUCGUGUCGCGCCCCACCGAGAAGACGGUCUUCGUCGUCUUCAUGCUCGCCGUCGCCGUGCUCUCGCUGCUGCUCAACGCCCUCGAGCUCAUCCACCUCGCCUGGCGGACCAGCAGGCUGAGCGGCGGCGGCGGCAAGGCCCGGCGACGGCGCUAUGCCGUCGGAGGAGCCGGCGGAGGAUGCGGCGGAGGAGGCGCAGGAGGCGGCGGGGUAGUGGUCUUGGGGGGCGAGGAGGUGGCGGAGGACGCCGUGGCGCGGCUGACGGAGGGCGGCUGCGUGCCAAGAGCGGCCGCCUUCGCGCCCCACAGGCCAUCGCCCCCGUUCAAGGGAGCGUUUGCGAAGCCGAACGAGAACACGCUGCCCUCCUUCUGCCCGCUUUCCGUGAGUCACCUGACCGUCUACGGCUCGCACACGAGCAAGGAGGCCGCUGAGAAGUCGAGCCUCGCGGCAGGUGCCGGAGGCAACUCCGGGAGACAUUUCGGGGGAGGAGGGAGCGGAGGAGGAGGGAGUGGAGGUGGUGGUGGCAGCCGAAGCUUGAGCAGUUCUCCCAAGGAGAUCGACGGGGCGGACAUCUCGGAUCGGAGGUCUCCGAGCAGAACAAGCUCUCGAGCCCGAUCCGAUGACCUCAACGUCUAAGAGGAAAGAGAACACAGGGCUACUUUUUUUUUUGCCAGACACCAAAAUGCCGACUUGAAACGCCGAUCGAUAAACAAAGUCUCCCUCAACCAAAGCUCACUUGGCACUCUUAUCCCGAAACACAAUCUCCUCGAGCCAAGUCUCAGUUAAACGUGCCAAUCCAUAAACCCGGCAUCUGGAGGAAAUCUGCGAUCGUGACAUUCGAUUUUUCUCCUGUCGAGUCUCCCAAUCUUCCAGAAUCCAGUCUUAAUCGAGACUCCAAAUCCCAAUAUCCAGUCUCCGAGAUGAAUGAGGAACUACGUAAAUAGCCCAGACACUAAUCCUUAAGUAUAUAUUCUGCCGGAACCCAAUCUCAAUUUACGCUUCAUUCCGGAAAUCCGGUCAAUGUCGACUCUGAUAAUGAAACUCGGUCGUCCUGACGCUAAAAUCUUAUCAACUCAAAAGUGGCUCUGUGUUCCCUCGAUCUGACAACCUGAUUCUCACAAGUGCCAGUGUACUCUUCUGAAAUCCUAUCUGCUUCCAGACCGGUUCAUCUUUCUGUGGGUUGUAAAGUGCAGGCGCAAGUCCACUCAGCUUUCCCGCGAGCUCUCCGCCUGUAUUUGUGCUCACAGGGCCUUUGACGAGGUCCCCCCGGGUAUGUGUCAAACCACGAGUGGGCUUUCGGGCCCCAAAAAAAGGCCUCUUUGUUUAGCUGUGUCCCUCGAAAACUCCCCGCGAGAUUGCAACGAAGGUCGGAAAGCUCACGGGGGAAGGGGUAGCGCAGGCUUGCACAUUCCCGCAACCGCCAAUCACACAUUCAACUGUAGGAGUGCUUCCGUUAUCCUGCUCAGGCCUUUCCCACAACUUUGGCAUAGUCGUAAUAACAAGCCUUUAAGGUUUACGAUUCCAAUACAUAAACUCUAAACCAGUAAAGAUCAUUUGAUCUUAGACUGGGGUUGCCAGUGGUGCUGGUUUUUGCAGGAUCACCCUCCUUGUUGAGAAGGUAGCUGUGCUGGGACAUCUGUUAAGUCAUCCCGUGCCAUCAAGUCACGGGGUUUUUUUGUCAGUUCUAUAGUAAUACACCACUUGAGCCAAAUGUACUUACAAGUCCUUCUUCCAUCUGCCCAUAUUGUGAGAUAUUAUUCCUCUUCCCUUGCUAUGCCCCAGUAAUUUUGUACGUCAGAGGUGGCAACCCUCUGUGAGACAAGUUCGACUUCCUAGCCAACUUUUUCCCAUAACUUUAUCACAUCAUUCUAACACAACAAUAAGAUUUACGAUCAAGUGGGUAAAACCGGUAAAGAUCAAUAGCCUGAGACCCUACCCUAUCCCCACACUUACAAGCUCAAUGGAUGUUCGAAAGGGCUACUCGUGACACUUUUAACACAAUUCACACCAGCCAUUGCGGCUAUAUCAGGUUUGGAGUUUUGCGAGGUGUAUGAGAUGCCGGUAAAAGUGUGAGUAUUUUAGGUGCUUGCAUGUACAGUGAGGGAAAAAAGUAUUUGAUCCCCUGCUGAUUUUGUACGUUUGCCCACUGACAAAGAAAUGAUCAGUCUAUAAUUUUAAUGUAAGGUUUAUUUGAACAGUAAGAGACAGAAUAA